ACCAAUGGAAGGCGAAUAUGAAUGAAACCCCAUCUUGCUAAACAAAAUUCCUCCGGAAAAAAAUGUGCAGUGAAAAAAUGGGACUCUUCAGCGGUGUAGAUUACUGUGUUCACAAACAGUAGAAUUAAUCAAACUCUCGAGUUCUUUAAUGUUGUGCUUUUAUAGACACUUCAAGCCCAGCCUAUACUUUGUGUCAAAAAUGUGUGUAUGCGUCCAAGAUAAUGCCCCAGGAGAGCGAUGUCCUGGCUUGACUGUUCUGAGUCUUGUUUUCAAUCUGUCCGAAAUAUGUUAGUAAAUAAAGCCGUCUUGUUCAAGAGCAACAAUGUGAGAACUAAGCUACUGUAUGCUAUGUCGCGUGUUGUGUGUUUGUUGCUGAUGUUUUAGCUGUUAGCCUUCAGGCUGUGUAUCUCUUUUGUGUUUAGCAGGAGUGGUGUGAUUGUUACUAUGUCGUCCCUGUGUUAUGUUGUUUAAUUCCUGUAUUAGUUUAUUGUUAGUUGUCCACCGUUAAUGUAAUUGUCAGUAUGAAUUAUAUCCUUUCCCUUCCCAGCGUGUCGGUGUAUGAGUUUCCGAGUGUGACUUCCCGUGUACCUACAUUUCAAAAUUAAGCUUUGCAGCCAAAAAGUGAACCUUCGCUGUCCUCAUUUAAAGAGAUCAGAACGCUGCAAUAUAGUGUAAAGUAUAUAACAACUAAAGCUAGUCAUGUGUGUAGAUUUAAAACUAUUUAAUAUUGUUUUCAGAAUGUUAUUUUUUUUAAAAACUACAAUAUUGUGGUAGCCAUGAUACCUUUCGUAGUUCAAUUAGACCAACUACAGUAGACUCCAGGGUGUGUGUGGCGAAAUGCAUUUGAAAAUCACUCAUGUGGGAGUGAAAGAGCAGUCACUACCAUGAGAGAAUCUUUGGUAGGGGUGAAGUAUGUGGGGGUCAAGGUAUUUUGAGUAAGACAUUCAGCUUCUGUGUAAAGGUUUUUACAAAUUUCUAAAUACCGUGUUUUUGAGUAUUUAAUAUAUGAUUCAUGGAGGACAUCGAUUUCUGCAUCUGAAGUGACACGAUUGAUAUGUAGACAUCCCAAAAGAGUUGAAUGGGUCGUCCCAACGAUGCCGGAGUGCAACAGCAGCAAGACAUGGUUGACGUAUAGACUUGUGAUAUGAUUAUUAUGGCAGUAUGUUCGAUGCUAAAUUACCAUGAAUUCGUCAGUUAGUUAAGACUCCCGGAGGGCAUUUAAACUUAACAUUGUCCUGGAGCCCAACCAUAGUCUGCAGUUCCCCGGUCGUCGGAUCCUCUUGCAUGCUUUAAUCUGUUCACAGCUGAUCGCUACAUAAAACAGCUAACUAGAUAAGGUUUUUGCCAGGUUUUAGUCGCCUGGAUUAACUUCGUCUUUCUGUAAAGCUGUCAAAAGGGCCUGGGCCCUGCAGAAGGCCACCGCACACAGCCUCUGCCUCUGCCGCCAUGUCUCACCGCACCAUCCACCUUUUCAACAGAGGCCUGCGUCUCCAUGACAACCCCACCCUGGUGGCGGCCCUGGAGUCGUCGGCGGCCAUGUACCCCGUGUUCCUGCUGGACCGCGCCUUCAUGGAGGGCAGUGUGCGCAUGGGGGCGCUGCGCUGGCGCUUCAUCCUUCAGAGCCUGGAGGACCUCCACCAUAGCCUGCAGAGGCUCGGCUCGCGCCUCUACGUGAUCCAGGGCUCCCAUGAGGCCGUGCUGCGGCGUCUGGUGGCCCAGUGGGGCAUCACCCAGCUCAGCUUUGAUGACGAGGUGGAGCCCCACUAUAAGCAGCUGGACAAGGAGCUGCGCACUCUGGCCAGUGAGCUGAGUCUCAGUGUGCUGAGCUGCGUAGCACACAGCCUAUAUGAUGUUAAGAGAAUAAUCAAAGCCAACAGUGGUCAGCCACCAUUGACAUACAAGAAGUUCCUCCGUGUGUUGUCCGUCCUGGGAGAGCCAGACACGCCUGCUCGAGAAAUCACAGAAACGGACUUCCAGAAGUGCCCUACGCCCGGCGAUGAAGAGGGUGAAGAGCCGUACAAGGUGCCCUCCCUCUCUGAGCUGGGCUUUGAGGUGGAGUACGAGGUGCUGUGGCCAGGAGGGGAGAGCCACGCCCUGAAGAGGCUGGAGAAGCACUUCCAGAGUCAGGGGUGGGUGGCCAACUUCUCCAAGCCGCGCACCAUCCCCAACUCCCUCCUGCCCAGCACCACUGGCCUCAGUCCCUACCUCAGCCUGGGCUGCCUGUCCGUACGCACCUUCUACCACAGACUCUCCAAGGUCUAUGCACAGUCGAAGAACCACUCCCUGCCCCCAGUGUCACUGCAGGGCCAGGUGCUCUGGAGGGAGUUCUUCUACACAGUGGCCUCGGCCACCCCCAACUUUACACGUAUGGUGGGGAACCCCAUCUGCCUGCAGAUCGACUGGUACGAGGACCCCCAGGCCCUGCACAAGUGGAAAAUGGGUCAGACGGGCUUCCCCUGGAUCGACGCCAUCAUGACCCAGCUGCGGCAGGAGGGCUGGGUCCACCACCUGGCCCGCCACGCUGUGGCCUGCUUUCUGACCAGAGGAGACCUGUGGAUCAGCUGGGAGAAGGGCAUGAAGGUAUUUGAGGAGUACCUGCUGGAUGCUGACUACAGUCUGAAUGCGGGAAACUGGAUGUGGCUGUCCGCCAGCGCCUUCUUCCACCGGUACACACGCAUCUUCUGCCCCAUACGCUUCGGCCGACGCACCGACCCCGACGGACACUACCUCAGGAAGUACUUGCCUGUGCUGAAAAACUUCCCAUCUAAAUACAUAUACGAGCCCUGGACCGCCCCUGAACAUGUGCAGCACCAAUCGGGAUGCAUCAUUGGUAAGGACUACCCACUGCCCAUGGUGAACCACCUGGAAGCCAGCCAGAGGAACCUAGCCCUGAUGAAGGAGCUGCGCAUUGAACAGGAAAACACUGCUGAUCUCACUAGAGACAUGGCGGACGACCCGAUGGAGGUGGGGGUGAAACGAAAGCUGCCAGAGGACACCAUUGCCCAGAGAGACGCCACGGAAUAUAACAGCAGCGUCCCUGUGGGAAACAAACGCUGUAGCUCACCGGACGAGAGCAGUUGGACCCCCGACCCGGUCCGACUGCCAGAGAUGAGCAGCAAAGUCGUGUAGACGUCCUUGCCAUGGAUACCCCUUUCCCCUCCCCAGAACUGCGCCCUACUAAACACUACACUUGUGCAUUGGAAUAUGUUUGUGUUCCUUCCCCUUCUCACUCUCACAGAUACUAUGACUCACCCAGCAGCUCACAUUGCUAUCUCUGUUUGCAUCUCUCUAAUUCAACAUAAUAGCUCUGGCUGGCAUUUAUUAGCUUAUUUGCACGAGGAUCCAACGGUCCUGCUUCCACAGCCUGCAUACAUGUAUGCUAGGGACCUGUUGGAUCCUGGCCCUAUAUAUAUAUUUAUAUAUAUAUAUUUUCCCCUCCAGCUUGUAGACUUGCUCUCAGACCUCUGAGCCACAGAUCAUCCCGUCGUAGGUCGAUGUGUGUAUCCACCAGACACUCAGCACUGCCAGCACAUAUGCAUCAGGAGCACCAAAUUCUCCAUGUCGGCUUAACGCCAAGACCACUGGUUACGUUUGAGGCUUUAGUCCUGGUUGGGGAAGACUUUCAGGACCCCAGUCCUCUCAGAGAAAACUAAGACUAAUGAGACUUUUUCAGAGGCAUGAUAGGAAGGCCAAAGGAAGUCAUGCUUGGGAGGAUUUCACAUGUCGCUUUGCAGAUACAUUUGGCUACCUCUUCUCAAUUAGGAUUGAUUUAGAUUUUUUGUUUUGUUUGUUUGUUUGUUUGUUUGUCACAGCCCUCCACACCUACAGUGGGUAUGUUUGAAUAUUGAUCAUGCAUCUUACUGUUAUUCAUUCAACUCCUUUGAAUGGGAUUAGGGCACGGACUGAGCUGGCUCUGGCUAACAAAGGUUACUCACCUGCUGCCAUUCGCUUGAUUUAUUAGAGCCUGGCAUGUAUACCUUCAGGACUCUCAAGAAACUGAAUUAAAAGGGUAUACUCCUGACUCUGAACCCACACUUUUUUUUUCUAUGCAGUCCAAAUGAAGGAGUUGAAAACCUGCACUGAAAUCCAAUCUAAGCAACUCUUUCUGGAGGUUUAGCCAGUGGAUAUGGGCCUUUUAGAUUUCUUUAUAUCUUCAUAGGAUACUCACCCACAAAAAUCCUAGUGGUAGGUUUGGUGUGUCUAGUAGCUGUAACCUUCACAAGUAUUUGAAAUUGUCCACAAAAAUGAUUGUUGACAUGGCAACAGUAACACUCACUGCUACAGAGAACAGCGUGCUUCCCAAUACUCUGUCUUACCGCUUUGUGAUAUUCUAAUCAUAGGAAUAAGGAAAUAAACAUUAUUUUUAUGUGCAUGUGCUAGAGUAUUUGACUACUUUGAAACGACAUUGCAUUUACCGGGGUAUACAGGCCUUGCCUGGUUCUGUGCAUGUUUUUUUUACCACCAGUGCCACAGGCACUGAUUGUAUUGUUAACCUAUAAAGUGGACAUUUAUGGUGAUGUAUGUAAGUGAUGUUGAUCUAACAUAAAAAGGCCAAAUCGGGCGUAAAUCCUGUAAUUUCACUUAUCGGUGGUGGGGCAAACUCAUUACAUCAGACCUAAGAGUUGACUAGUAAGGGAAGAAGUAAGUCCAACAGGUUUGGGUUUUCUGAUCAUAGGCCUUAAUACAAUGGCAGUCUCUGUUUGCCUAAUAAAAUUGCCCAAACUGAAGGCAGAUAUGCACACGCAUAUGAAUAUGUGGUAUAGGAAAUGCUCUGAAUGUUGUGAGGUUCUGGGGAUGCCUCAUGAGUGUCUUGUUGUUCAGAUGCUGCUUCAAAGCUUAAUUUGUAUUUAAAAUGAUGGCCCCUUGGGAUGAGACAGUCUUUCAGAUCUGUUAGACUGCUUUUGUAAAACCAUCAUGCUUGUGAAUUCCAAUCAGAUAGUCAACAUUUGCUUUGGAAUGUCGAUCUGAAAAUCAGAUUACCUGCAGUUACUGCACACAUCUGAGCCAACACUCUGAUCCUCUGCAACGCGCACCGUCUCUCACACCUCAGCAUUCAGCUGAUUAAACGGCAUCUGGUGUUGACCUGUCACUACCCAGGUUGAAAUUCCCUCCUCCUAGUGAAAGAAGAAGUGAAUGAGAAAGGCACUUUAGACAAUGCCACCCCCCAACACGGGUCAUGGGUAUCAGCAUUGCAGAAUAGGACUUCCAGCAUCACCUCGCUAUGCAUUGCAGCAUUUGUAUCAAACAUCGGGAUUCAUUUUUAUUAAGAUGUGCAUUACAUUAAUAAAAAACAAAUGUAACACUUGU